CAUGUCAUGGCGACUUCACCCAACUGAAGCGAACAAUUUCCAUCAAAUUCACGUAAAUAACAACAUGUCAAAUAACUAAUGUAAAUAAUAUAUAAUUUUGUUACCAAUGUCUUGAAUAACAUCGUCGCCAUGUGUGAGAUAUUCCCAGAAGUGGAGACAUGCUGCGCGGUAGUUUCCAUAAGAGUUGGAAUGCUAUUAAUAUCAAUUUUAGCAAUAUCCACGGGAACGAUAACUCUCAGUAUCAUGGAACAGAGGACAAAUAUAAAUCUUGAAAGUGUAAUGCAUAUGUACAGCAAUGUCUCUAACAUAACCAGCCCGGAGCAGGCUCUUUCAGAGCUAAGCAACCUGAUCACCACUAGCGUUUCAGCAAUGUCCGUCAUCUUCAUAACGGCUGGCGUGUUCCUGCUGUUCUCAACAUUAGCGGACCAAGAAGGUUUCGCUCAAAUAUUCGUGUGGCUAACAGUCCUGAACAUUUUGAUCGGACUUAUAAUGGUUUUUGCAAUAUCUUUCGAGUGUGUCUUACAAACAAAAUGUUUGCUCGGCAAUAUGGAUUGGCUUUCGGCUGCCACUUCGCUCGUUGUAAUGGUAUUUUAUUUGAUAACUUCCGCCAGCGGUUUCACCCAUUUCCUGAGGAAACCACUUCCCGCAUCCAUCCACAUCCCGUUUGGUGUGAAGAAGUUACAAACAGACGCACACACUCACUAA